GCAGUAUACUAUUCUUCUUCAUCAAAUUAAUUCUCAGAAAUGGAUCCGUUUACGGCCGCUGCAUUAACCACGGCGGUGACAGCCACCGUGAGCCUUCUGGUGGAGAACUUGUCGCAUCUUAUAAGUUAUAAUUGGAAGUUGUAUACAGGAUUGAAGAAAUCGUGUGAAGAUUUGUUUGAUGAAGUGAAGCGAUUAAAUGCAUUCUUAGUCGAUAACGCGAAUCAGAGAAGCAAUAGUACACAAUGGGAGGUACUAGUCGAUAAAAUUCGACGUACAGUAUAUAAAGCAGAGGAUGUUGUUGAUAAAUUAUUGAUUCAGGCCAAGAUAGACCAAGAGAGUAGUAUAGCUAAAAAAUUGAUUCACAAAACUUACAAAAACAGGAAUUUUACAGAGGAAAUCAAUGAGAUACUUGAAGAGGUGAGGAAAAUCCUUGAUGAAAAUCAACAUUUGUUUGAGGCCAACCCAAUGAUUGAUCAUCAUGCUGAAAAAGUUGUCCAGGAGGAACAGGGUUCGUCAUUGGAAAAUCACGAAGUGGUUGGAUUUGAUGAGGAAGCAACAAAAGUGAUCAAUCGUCUGGUUGAAGGAGCAGAGUGUCUAGAUGUUAUCCCCGUUGUAGGAAUGCCAGGACUUGGUAAAACCACACUGGCAAGAAAAAUCUAUAAUGAUCCUAAGAUUUCGCGAGAAUUUUUCAGUUACAUUUGGGUUUUCAUCGGACAAUCAACGUGUGUAAAACGGGAUAUCCUUUUUAAUAUUCUGAAAGGGUUCACAAAUUCCUUUGAUGAAUUCAAAAACAGAAAUGAGGCAGACAUAACUCAGGAAAUACGUAAGCGUGUGGCUAAUGGAGGUAAAUGUCUCAUUGUCUUGGAUGAUGUGUGGGAUCCAAAUGUUGUAGAUUUUGUCAAGACAGUUUUCCCUGAUAAUAAAAAAGCCCACAGGAUCAUGAUGACCACUCGACACGAAGACAUUGCUAGAUCUGUCAAUAAAUAUCCCCACAAUCUGAAAUUUCUGGAUGGAGAUGAAAGUUUCCAGCUGCUAGAAAAGAGAGCUUUUGGCGUUAGCCGUUGUCCUGUUGAGUUAGUAGAACAUGGAGAAGCCAUUGUAGCAAAAUGUAGUGGAGUACCACUUACAAUUGUGGUAAUUGCAGGAGCUUUAAGAGGUCGUACGAGCGAAAUUGAUUGGAAAGUAGUUAGGGAAAAUGUAGGGAAACACCUUAUACAAGAAGACAAACUUCAGAGAUGUGUGAAUGUCGUGAGACUGAGUUACAAUCAUUUGCCACAAGAAAAAAAGGCUUGCUUCUUGUAUUUUGGUGCCUUUCCUCAAGGAUUUGAUAUCCCCGCUUGGAAAUUGAUUCGACUCUGGAUUGCUGAGGGACUCAUAAUGUCCAAGUUGUCGGGCAACGAAAUUGAAGAGAUAGCAGAGUAUUAUCUCAAUGACUUUGCCAACAGGAACUUAGUGAUGGUUAUGGGAAAGAGGUCUAACGGUCGAAUAAAAACUUGUCGUGUUCACGACAUGUUACAUGAGUUUUGCGUUGAAGAGGCUACUAGAUUGACUCUUUUCAAACAAGUAUGUCUCACAUCUGAUCAAGACAUACAAAACUCAAUUACUUGUCGUCGAGUGUCUAUUCAAUCAUCUGUUCCUCAAAAUUUCAUCUCAAAAAAGACAGUUGAAGAACAUGUUCGGUCAUUGUUAUGUUUUUCCUCAAAACAAAAACAAGUUGACUUUUCUAACAUCGACGUCAAACACAUCCCUAACGCAUUUCCACUUAUGAGAGUCUUAGACAUUGAAUCCCUCAAGUUUAGUAUUCCCAGGGAAUUUUACCAGCUAUUGCACUUGAGGUAUAUUGCUAUCUCAGGUGAUUUCAAGGAACUUCCUAAACUCUUCACUUCUUUCUGUAAUGCACAAACUCUUAUUCUGAAUACUUCCAAGCCCACCCUUGAUAUAAAAGCUGACAUAUGGAACAUGCCACGUUUACGCCAUCUGCGCACCAACAAACCUGCAAUCUUACCACCCCCUACAUGUAGUAGUAGUAGUACAAAUUCUUGUUUAUUGCAAACUCUAUCUCUGGUUACACCAGAAAGCUGCAAGGGAAAUGUUCUUUCAAAGGCUGGUAAUGUCAAAAAAUUGAAUAUUGAAGGUAAUUUGACGCCUUUUCUUGAAACUAGCAAGAGUGAAUUUUUCAGCAAUUUUCAAGUGCUAAAGCUCCUGGAAAGUUUAACACUGCUAAACGAUGAUAAGAGUAAUAAAUCUCUUCACCUUCCGUCAGCAUUCUCUGAAUGUUUACCAAAUUUGAAGAAGUUAACUCUAUCAAAAACAAGGUUUGACUGGAACCAGGCAUAUAGAUUGGGGCAGGUGAAAAAUCUCCAGGUCCUAAAAUUGAAAGAAAAUGCAUUCACAGGGCCGUCCUGGAAGAUGGAGCCGGGAGGUUUCAAGAAACUUCUGGUCUUGUGGAUUGAAAUGGCAGAUUUCGUGUCGUGGGAGGCAUCAAACUGUCCCUUCCCAAGACUUAGGAGCCUUGUCCUGAUCUCCUGUCUUAAUCUUGAGGCUGUGCCACUUGAGCUUGCCGAUUUGGAUAACCUUCAAGAGAUGACACUGGACAACACAAGCAAAGCAAGCGAAUCUGCAAGAGAAAUAGAACGCGAGAAAAAGAAGAAGCAAGCUGAUCCAGAAAGCGGCAAAUUCAAGGUCACUAUUCCCUACUGA